AUGGGGCAUUUUGUCUGGGACCAGCGAUCCCUGGCACAGGGCCACACCCUGGAGCCCGGUGCUGGGGCCUCCCAGACCACCCUGUCCUUCGCUACGUUGCUUCAAGAACCCAAGCCCAUGCUCCAGACUCUGGCUGAGGGGGUGCAAGUUUGGGGCCAGCACAAGACACCCACCACCCCCGCAUGUCCCUGUCACAGCGGAGGGCCAUUGGCAUGGACAGGAUGCAUCCUGGCGGCAUUCCCCAACGCUGGGAAGCAUCCCGGGGCGGGGCCACACCUGCUGCCCUCCCACGGUGGGACCCAAGGGCAGGAUUGGCUGGAGCUGGAGACAGUGCUGGUCCCUGAGCCCCACGAAGGCCCUGGGCUGUGUGUCCGACUGCCACAGAACCAGCGGGGCGGCCCACCAGUCCCAGCACCCAGGCCUCUCCAGUCCCCUUUGCUGGCCUCUUGCCACGAGGGUUACCAGCUCUUCCAACAGGCUGCCCCGAGAUCCCCUUCCGCUCCACACAGGCCACAGCCAUGGUCUCGGUGGCACUACCCGUGGGCCUGGCCUGUGAGGCACCUGCCUUUGCCCUUCCCCCUCCCCACAUUGAGGCCUUGUGGACCCCAGGCUGACUCCACACCGCAGCAGCAGCUCGAGCGUCUCCCCCAGUGCCACCCCCAAGAAACUGGGCUGCCUGACUCCCCUUCCCAGCCUGGCUGGGGAGCCUGGGCCCAAUGGCAGAUCGAAGGGGAACCCCAAGGCCCAGGAUCUGCCCCAGCCCGGGCCGGGUGGAGGGGAGGGGCUGUCCAGCUGGGUCUCCUUCUUCCAUGGCGUCCCCAGGCCCUGGGGAUGGGGUCUCUUAGGGAACCUGCCUUUCUCCCACUCGUUUUGCCUCUGGUCCCUGCCCCUAGGUCUGGGUGGGCAGUGGCCCUGUCGCCUCCGGAGCAGUGUGUUCCGCAUAGAAUUUAAAUGAGAUUCACCCGCAUGAGGAGGAAGAAACUGCAGCAGUUUAUGGGGGAAACCAGAGCUAUGGGGUGGGGGGCCGGGGGGUGCUCUGAGUGCCUCAAGAUGGUUUUCAAAAAAUGUGUUUUUUAAAUAAAAUAAUUUUGUACGUGUCUACACAGCUGGCUGGAUUAUUGGGACUUUUAAAUGAUCCCUUUGAAGUGGAUCCAGAGACCUGUCCUGUACAUAACAGCACUGUAGCAAUAAACGUGAUGUUUUAUAACGA